AAACUUUUGUGAUGCUGCAGAAAUGAAGUCCAAAACUGUAUUAGAACAGUUAGAUUCUGCUGCAUCACAACUAAUCCAGGCUAAUAGAUUAAAACUAGAAUCUAUUUUAAAAACAAUAGUGUUUUGCGGAUCCCAUAACAUACCUUUUCGUGGAAAACUCUCUCAUGAAGGAAACUUUGAAGAUCUUCUACGUUUUCGUAUCGAUGCCGGGGAUAAGACUCUUGAAAAUCACCUCAAAUCUCAUUCCGGGAAAGCAAAAUAUACUUCUCACAGAAUACAAAAUGAAUUGAUUAGUAUUUGUGGUUCAAUUAUACAAGAUCAGAUACUGCAGGAGAUAAAAAGUUGUCAAGCAUUUUCUUUGUUAGUUGAUGAAACUGCCGAUAUCAGCGGUAAAGAGCAGUUGUCUUUGGGGAUCAGAUACGUGACAGAAAAUGAAAUUGGCUUUACUGUAAAAGAAGAAUUCAUGGGUUUUACGGAGCUGGAAAAACUCGAUGCGGAAAGUAUAACCAACACCAUUUUGCUAUUUUGUGAGAAAUUAGGGCUGGACAUGUCCAAGUUAAUUGGAUUAGGGUUUGAUGGCUGCGCCACAAUGGCCGGAAAGGAUACUGGCGUGCAACAAAGGAUACGACAGAAAUAUCCUAAAGCUAUAUUCUUUCACUGUGCUUCUCACAGACUAAAUUUAGUUGUCAAUGACUUGAGUAACCUCGCCGAGGUACGAAACACCAUAGGUACAAUAAAAACGGUCAUUAAAUUUUUUAGGGAAAGUGUUAUACGGAGGAAAAAAGCACCGAAUAUUCCAAUAUUGUGUGAGACAAGAUGGACUGAAAAAUACAAAUGUAUUAAACAAUUCUCCAAACAUUUUUUAAUCUUAAAAGAAUCUUUAAGCUCUUUAAGUUUUGAUGAAAAAGUCAAUCAAGAAACAAGAUCCCAAGCUCAUCAGUUAGACUUAGCAACUUCUUCCGUAGUUUUCGUAAUAUGCUUAACAAUUAUUUCUAGAUAUUCAUCAUAUUUGGAACCAGUAGUCAAUAAAAUGCAAUCAGUUGAUUGUGACCUUUAUGCAGUACAUAGGUACAUAAAAAAUGAUUUGCUGGAAGUUUUUAAAAAACAUAGGGCUGAAGCAGACGAGGAAUUUGAUAAAAUUUUUGAAGAUGCAGAAAAAACAUGUAAUGAAAUUGAUGUGGAAAUCAAAAUGCCCAGAAUAAAUAAAAAGCAAAUUCACAGGUCAAAUAUUCCAGCAACUACACCGUUGGAAUAUUAUAGAAAAUCUCUUUUCAUUCCUUAUUUGGAUUCUCUUAUAAUAUCCCUUGAAACUAG